AUGCCUCUAAGUGGAUUUGUGAAGCUAUAUGCAUACGACUAUGAUAACAACGCAUCCGUCCAUAGUGACAACGCAUCCGAUCAUGGUGACGUCGCACCCGACUAUCGUGUGACUACUGCAAACAGGAUUCCUACCGCAUUCGGAUCCAUUGCCUUCCCUGCGCCGUUACAGUCACCCUCUUUCACCUCGUCACCACUUUUCUCAGCUGUAGUACCACGUGACCGCGUCACAAAGUAA